UGGCACGAACAUACAUCUUAAUUUGCUUUAUCAAUGAAUGACAAGGGAAACGGGAAGCCUGUAGAAAAUAUCGCUUAUAUCGUUACCGAUAGAUAAUCAUCGUCAGAUUGUCGUCAAUAGCAUGACGGCUUUAAUUAAAAGCGGUGACAAAGUUUUGAUAAUAUAGAAGCUAUGUCGGAAGGAAACUUAAUAAUGGUAUGGAAUUUGCCGAUCCAGCAAAUUUUACACUUCUUUGCGAUGAAGGGAAAAAGCGUGAGGAAAACAGAGAAAAAGGAAGAGACGAUAAAGGAAAAUCAGAAAGGGGAAAGAAGCGGUGGAAGAAGGAAAAGGAAGAGGAAAAGGAAAAAGCGGGUAGUGGGGUAGGGUUGCGAAUUAAGGGUUGGUGACGAGAGCAGCGUGUGCGCGUAGGGUUGAAGAGAGAGGAAUAGGCCGCCGGGCAGCCCCCUCCAACGUUGCUCCCUCCCCGACCUAACACGAACGUGCGAGCUUCGGGAUUCGUGGCGGUGUGGAAACUCGGACGGACAGGCAGUCGCUCGCCGUUCGUUCAACAACGUGGCUCGAAAGUGCUGCCUCGGCGAUUCAGAUAAGCGACCAAGACCAAGAGGAAGACGACGAGGACGAUCACGGCGACAGCGAUGCCACCCCUCGUCGUUCGAUCUUGGCCAACGUGGUCCGCCUUGGUUUCUCAGGGCCAACGAUAAAAGAUGACACUUCGAUUGCGAUCGUUGAUCCCAGACACGGAGGAAUCCACAGGUAUCUCAGCGGUAUCCUCCUUCGUCGUGAUCUAUUACGACCAACAACUACGCCCGUCGAUAUUCCAAUUGUUCUCGUCGUGAACCAUUCAGUUUCCUCGGUGAACCUGAUAAUCGAAUCGAUCGUUCUUUGACGCGUGUGAAUACCGAGAGUGCGUUUGUGAGAGAAUCUACUCGAUUUGUAUAGUUCGAUGUUUCGCGAUUGACUAGUUCGAGCGGAUAUAGAGCGCGAGGGAAAAAGAAUCGCAAUGAUAGUAAAAAGUGCGAAGUGUGUCGAGAUGUCGAUACGAUCGAACGACGCGGCCGAUGGCAAAGAAGAGUAUCUGGUAAUUGCCGUCGAUUGUGCGUGGUCAAAUGGAAAUCACGCCGAGUGUUCAUGGAUCCCGUUUGACCAAAGGAUUCUCUGCAAUCAGCAUUAGAGGGCUGAAUUUCCUGCUGGGAAAUUUAACGAUCGGUUGGUCGAGGGUCGACUGGUCCAGUACCAGCAGAUCGUUGCCGAUUAGAGCAAUGUCUUGUAUCGUCGUUUAAACCAAUAGAGAUCGAUUAAUCGGCAGAUCGACGCCGAGAAGGACCAACGUAAGAAGACCGACGGGAAGUUCGAUGAAAAGGAUUUUCCUACCGUACACGUAUUCGCAUUGCGGGAAAUGUAAUAAACCAAGGCAGUACAAUGCCGCCGCUUUAGAUCGAAUAUAAAGCCGUGCGACGUUUUUGAUCUCGUUGCAAAAUAUUGAAUCGAUCUACCAGCGGUAGGUGAAUGGCGGAGCUUAGUACGACUAUCGUGUAUUCUAUGGUGCCGAGGAUCAUCCCCCUGAUAUAUACAUACAGACAGAGAGGCACACUCGAUACAUGGAUCUUGCGCAGAAUAUGGGGAAGACACGAGGCGAACUUGGCGAUGAACGCGUGACAGCACGAGGAAAUUCUCCAACGAAUCGACGUCGCAUCCAGAUCGAGCUUUGAACCACUGGAUUUUUGCCUGUUGAACAACACCGCGUGUUUAUUUGACACGGUCACGCACUAUAUCGCUGUGAUCGGCAAGGACGUUUACUACUCCUGACCAUGACGAUACUAUGUUUACGUUAGUCGAUCGACUCGUUAGAAAUUCAAAGAGAACGGACUGGCAUGGAUGAACGUUGCUAAGACGACGCAAAAGUGACACAGGUGUGAUCAAUGAGAUUCGCGACGAGGGAUUUCAAUGAUACGCCGCUAAGGUUGGGGCGAUUGUGGUGAUUGGUGAGAGGAUAGUCCAGACGCAGCACCUCGUUUCUUGCGUGCACGGACGAUCGAGAAUGUUAUCGUACAAGGAACGCCGCACAUCACCGACGUAAGGGAAACGAAACGCUUAGCCGUGAACACUUAGAUAACGGUCACGAGGAUGCCAGACAAAAUUAAAGAACCGACGCGUUUCAAAAUCUCGUGAUCAACAUCGGCGUCCAGUAUUCACGAGUAGAGAAAUUUGAAAUGGGGACGAACACGAACGACCAGCCUCUGGUUAAGUCCAUCGUGAGCAAUCUGUCGUUAGACCAUACGCAACGACUAACCGAUCUGUUUUCCGGUAACGCAACCAAGGACACUGUCACCAUACACGACGAAACCGUCUUAAACGACGUUUUCUCAAGAAGCGAAAAAGAUGCGUCAACAAGUGGCAUCGAGUUAAGUUGGUUCAAUGAUUCGACAACGAUAGGUACAACGCCUUCCGGUUCCUUGUUCAGUGUGUCAUCGUCGUUCUUUUCCUCAGUAUCACCGUCGUCGCCUAGCUCCGACAAUUACACCGGCAUAUCGGACCUGUUCGUCUUCGAAGACUUAAACGAUUACAUCAAUCGAUUGAAUUACAGCGCUUUCGUUAAUUUGACGGCCUAUUACGAUGGAGGGGCUAACCUGAACCUGAACGGAAGCGUGAACUGUACGUCGUCGAUAGUCGCGGGCACCGCAGCUGGUGUCGUUAGAGCCGGUGAGUGCGGGCCGACAGCAGACGUCGAUGAAAAGACGAAUGCCAACAGCUGGUGGGCUCUGAUCCUGGUGAUCGUGCCUUGUUUAACGCUAUUCGGCAACGUAUUGGUUAUCCUCGCCGUAGUUCGAGAAAGAGCUUUACAGACGGUCACGAAUUAUUUCAUCGUGAGCCUGGCCGUCGCUGAUCUGCUCGUUGCUGUGCUCGUCAUGCCCUUUGCUGUCUACGUUUUGGUAAACGGAUCGUGGAGCCUGCCUGGCUUUGUCUGUGACUUUUACAUCGCAAUGGACGUCACGUGCAGUACCAGUUCCAUCUUCAAUCUCGUAGCAAUCUCGAUAGACAGAUACAUAGCAGUGACCCAGCCGAUAAAGUACGCCAAGCACAAGAACAAUAGAAGAGUGUGGUUGACGAUACUGUUGGUCUGGGCGAUAUCUGCCGCGAUCGGCAGCCCGAUUGUUCUCGGCUUGAAUAACACCCCCGACCGAAUACCGGACCAAUGCCUCUUCUACAAUGCAGACUUUAUCAUCUACUCGAGCCUAUCCAGCUUCUACAUACCUUGCAUCAUCAUGGUGUUUCUCUACUACAACAUAUUCAAGGCACUGAGAAACAGGGCGAGAAAAGCAAGGGCCAAUAGAAAGCCUAACUUGGGCGACAUAAAACCGGGCAGCAUAAUCGAGAACAUCGCGCAUACGCGCAGUGGGUAUUCUGUGGCAAGGUUUGCGGAGACGGCGUUGGGAGCGGCGGCUUUCGUGGCUCCUGGCAUGGAAGAGCCGACGAACACCGCGUCCGGGAGCAACGAAGACGAGGACGAGACACCCCUUGAUCCUGUUGUGGUCAUCUCGAACGAUAAGAGCACCGAGUUCUUUUUGGCCACUGUCGUCGAGGAAGCAGCUUGUCGUUUCAGCGCAGUGGCUCAAGCUCAACUGGGUGGAACGCAGAACGUCAGAAAGGAUUCUGGAUAUGACGGUGCAGCGAGCAGCACGGUGAUUCACGAACCGUUAGAAACGAAUUCCAGUCCCAGCCCGAAUCCACGAAUCACCUCAGCUCCGUCGUCCUCCACUUCUUCGUCGCCGCCUCCGAAAAGCGCGGCGACGAGCCAAGCUUCGCAACCCAAGAAGAACGGCGCUGAAACGAACAAGCAGGAAUUAAAGAGGCUCAAGAGCGCCGGUUCUCUUCUCCCUCUUCAACUUGGACGAACGCCAAGCGUCUUGUCUGGCACGUCUACCUGUAAGAAGGACAAGAAAAAUGCCGUUUCUGGCUCCCGGUUUACAAUAUACAAAGCCAAUAAGGCGAGCAAGAAGAAACGAGAGAAAAGCUCCGCGAAAAAGGAGCGUAAAGCUACGAAAACGUUGGCUAUUGUGUUGGGUGUCUUUUUAAUUUGUUGGCUGCCGUUCUUUACCUGCAACAUCAUGGACGCGAUUUGCACGAAGCUGACAGCGAACUGUCAACCGGGUGUCACUGCUUUCAUCGUGACCUCUUGGCUAGGCUACAUGAACAGCUUCGUAAAUCCCGUGAUUUAUACUGUGUUCAAUCCCGAAUUUCGCAAAGCCUUCCAUAAAUUGGUCAGCUUCUAGACAAAUUACAGCAUUUAAAGUCGCGUUUAUCUUGAAAGCAGGAACAACGAGACAUCGGACAAUCGAACAGCUCAACAUUUGUUCCAGCUGAAGGUAUUUAUCGUAUUCGCAGACCUCUUUCGUAGUCGCGCCGUUUUUCGUAGGUAGACGUUUAAAAACCAAUAACUUCCUGUGGCUCAUUCUACCGAAUCGUGUUUAAAUUUCGCGACGGACUUGAGAAACAUUAGCCGCGCCGUCACAAAUUGCAACGUAACGAAACUAAAUCGAAGCUUUUUACGAGUGAGAACGGAAUUACAUCGCGUACUUUUUACUCGUUGUUUAUCGGAAGUGCAGAUCAUCGUUAGUAUUCUCAGCACCCUCACACCCAACUAUCGCGCGAUUUCAUUGGUCGAUAUCCCGGCGAUAUCACACCGGAGGCAACGUGCAUCGAUGUUAGAGCUGAAUUACCAAAUAAAUAUUUAAGCUAACGAUAAGUAGUCGAAUAAAUGAUACACGAAGUAAUCGGAAACGAGCGUCAAGGUGUUAGAAACACAACGACGUGCUUUAUGCGUUGAACGCGUUCAAAUUCGCGUUAUCCUACCAUUUCAAGUAAUCUAGUUGCAUAAAUAAAACAGAAGCGCGAAAAGGAAAGAAGGGAAUUCCAGUAGAUAUAUUAAGACGAUAAACAUCAGGUCAAAACGUAAAAUCAAUGGAAUGCGUGUUUGAGCGAAAACACAUUAUACGUAUAUGUACUUUGUCGGAUAUUAAAUAUACCGUGGCAGUAUUAUCGUAGCUCCUAAGGUGUAGCAAUAUUUUUUGGCUCAAAGCAAAGGAACCGUAUUGUCAGUUCCACGACAAACUUACGCGUUCUGUACACCUGCGCGUCUAAUCGAACGUCUUUGUACUAUGUACGAUUAUUCGAACGAAGCACCGUUUCCUUCGUAUCGUUUCGAGAUUCUUCCGUCGCGCCGUUUCCUUUGUCCUUGUAGCAUGCGAGAAAAUCGAAGAACAAGCUUCCGAAAUUCUUGCGUCGCGAGUCAUGAAUUAUACGCGAAUUUUAUAAAUCCACGAAGAGGACGAUGGUUGUGCAAGCUUUGGGAUCGUGUUUUUCGAUUCUCCAAAAUUCAUUCGUGCAGAAAGGGAAAAGAAUUCGAGUAAGAAGUCUGUCGAACGUGUUCGAUGCAUACCGUACCAUCUCUACUUGCGGAUCUAUUUUAUCAUUUAACACCUAGACGAGAGAAUUGCCAUAUUUUUGAAAUAUUUACAUACCCAACUAUAUACCGAGUUACAGGAUUUAAAGUUUAUAUGAUAUUCCGCUCACGAGAGGUUCCGGAAGAUCCGUUUUUCGUAGCAGUCGCUUCCCUUCGAUUCCCUCUAGCGUUUCUUCAAAGUGAAUUGUUUGAAAUACGUUGAAAUUAUUUGCACAUGUACUUUUUUUCUAUCGAACAUUUUCACGUUACGACGUCAUUUGUUCCAAUUCUAGUAAAAAGUUUAUGUAUUAUCUUCGAUGUGUUAACCGCGUGGAACGUUCGCGUUCAACUCUACGGAAACGAAAAUCGAUAGCGGAAGGCGUCCGCUUGUUUUUGCCUCUCCCCUGGCUUCGAGAGCCCAAAGGAAUUCCUCGUAAAGAUGGCCAUUGUAUGCUCAUGACGCGUUCGAUAGAAUCGAAGAAAUAACGAAACACAGUCGAUGCAUGCAGAAACACCUGCAUCGGCUUCGCUUCGUGUUCCAUUUCCGCAAACGUUUUUAAGGUUCCCGGCGUCCGAAUUUUCAAACAUAUCAAUACAAGUACGAAGCAUGAUAUCUAACCGUAUACUGGCAUCCGAGACACGCUUAUCGAGCAUGUGUAUGUGUGUUAAAUGGGCUACGCGAAACGGAAGAUACUAAAUACUAGCGAACGUAAAACGUUAUCGUAAAAAAAAAAAAAAGGAAAAACACUUGUUUCGCGGGACCCGCGAUCCUGCAAUAACG